AUGUCCAAGACUGCUGCCCAAGAGGAAUUCGACGACUUCAUCGCAAAGAAUUCAACCGGCCCUGACGAUCGCAUCCACCCAGAAGACAGAGCGGAAGUUGCCCGUGAGCGAGAUCUCCACGUGAGGGACAACAGUGACGACGAGGAAGAAAGUUAUCGCGCCGCAAAGGUCGACGCCGCCAUGCGCAUGUCCACAUACGAUACCCGGUCCACGGCGGACCUGAUGCUGCCGCCCGCGAGCUUCGACUCGGGCCGUGCCACUGGCGUAAAGGGCGUCAUCGCCGACGCGAGGAAUUAUGAGAACGCCAGGAGGAGCAAGUGGAGCGAGAAGAUGAGGAACGCGAGGAGGAGCGUCAUCGAGUUCGCCUCGGUGAAAUCAGGCUCAGACAAGAGCGACUCGGAGCUGAGCGGUGCCGAGGACGAGGAGUCAUUCCUGAAGCAAUGGCGGGAAUCAAGGCGGCGGGAGCUCGAGUCCGAGGACAGGUCAUCAGUCCGCAACAGGAGAACGAGCCCCAGCGCGCGCAUGUAUGGCCGCUUCGAGGAGGUUGACGCCAUGGGAUACCUAGACGCCAUUGAGAAGGUGUCGAGGGAAACAACUGUCGUCGUCUUCGUCUACGAUCAUGAGUCGGAUGUGUCUUCCACAAUAGAGUCCGCCAUGAUGCCUUUGGUGCGCUCAAAUCCAGCGAUUCGGUUUGUAAAAGUACACUACGAGGAGAUCGAGUUCGACCAGGCAGGCGUCCCAGCAGUAUUGGCGUACAAGAACCAAGGCGAUCUCUUCGCCAACCUGACUGCCCUUAUCGACAUGAUCCCAGACGAGGAGGACUUCGACAGCGACUCGCUGAAGAAGUUAUUCCAAGAACAUCGCAUCGUCUGA